CAUGGGUCGACAGAAGGAGCUGGUGACCCGCUGCGGGGAGAUGCUCCAUAUCCGCUACCGGCUGCUUCGCCAGGCACUGGCUGAGUGCCUGGGGACCCUUAUCCUCGUGAUGUUUGGCUGUGGCUCCGUGGCACAGGUCGUGCUCAGCCGGGGCACUCAUGGUGGUUUCCUCACCAUCAACCUGGCCUUUGGCUUCGCUGUCACCCUGGGUAUCCUUGUUGCCGGCCAGGUCUCUGGGGCCCACCUGAACCCUGCUGUGACCUUCGCUAUGUGCUUCCUGGCCCGUGAACCCUGGAUCAAGCUGCCCGUCUAUACCCUGGCUCAGACUCUGGGAGCCUUCCUGGGUGCUGGGAUCAUUUUUGGGCUGUAUUAUGAUGCAAUCUGGGCCUUCGCCAACAACCAGCUUAUAGUCUCAGGCCCCAAUGGCACAGCUGGCAUCUUUGCCACCUACCCCUCUGGACACUUGGACAUGGUCAAUGGCUUCUUCGACCAGUUCAUCGGCACAGCCUCCCUCAUCGUGUGCGUGCUGGCCAUUGUGGACCCCAACAACAACCCCGUGCCCCGUGGCCUGGAGGCCUUCACUGUGGGCCUGGUGGUCCUGGUCAUUGGCACCUCCAUGGGCUUCAACUCUGGCUAUGCCGUCAACCCUGCCCGGGACUUCGGCCCUCGCCUCUUCACUGCCAUUGCUGGCUGGGGCUCAGAAGUCUUCACGACCGGCCGCCACUGGUGGUGGGUGCCCAUUGUCUCUCCGCUCCUGGGUUCCAUCGCCGGUGUCUUCGUGUACCAGCUCAUGAUCGGCUGCCACCUGGAGCCACCGCCACCCUCCACUGACGAGGAGAAUGUGAAGCUGUCCCAAGUAAAGCACAAGGAGUAGAUGCGAAUGGGCAGGAGG